AUGGUCUCAACACGCUCCACCUCCCGCGCCCUCCCCAACGGCAUCGACUCCCCCCCUCGAACCUCCCCUCCCCGCGCCGUCGCCGCCGCCGCCGCGACCCUGGCCCCGAAAGACAACAAAUCCACCGCCCGCGGCUGGUCCCACGCCCCGACGCCCGUAACCCUCUUCUGGCUCCUGGUCUCGCUGCCGCUGGUCGCCUGGGACACGGGCUACGUGCUGCUCCGGCCGUGGACGAUGCCCGGCGGCCACCUCCACUGGCCGCUCUGGGCGCCCUACGCGCUCUACGGCGAGGUCGACCACGUCUACGGCUGGAAGGCCUUCAACGCGCGCAACGGCUUCACCUCGGCGCAGGGCGCGCUGAACUUCGUCGAGACCGUCAUGUAUCUCGUCUACGUCUGGGUGUACUUCUCGCGCGGGCGGGCCGUGGACGGGCCGGCGGGCGUGAAGAAGGUCGUCGGGGGCCGGGCCGGGGCGUUGGCUGUCGUUGUCGGGUUCAGCGCGGCGGUCAUGACCUUGAGCAAGACGGUGUUGUACUGGGCGAACGAGUACUUCUCCGGCUUUGACAACAUCGGACACAACCCUCCGAUGGACCUGCUCUUCCUCUGGAUCAUUCCCAACGGCGCAUGGCUUCUCGGAUCGGGGUACAUGAUCGCAUCGCUCGGCGGCGAGAUCGUCGACGGACUGGUUCUUGCUUCGAAGACGACCAAGACGGAAUAA